GCCAUGAAAUUCUGUUCGUAAUUUCUCUCCAUGCUUUUCUCAGCGGCAACACCACUGAGAGCUACUACUAGCAAGAGCCGAGCAGCGGAACAGAGCUGCUUAGCUAUCCUCCAACUCUGCAAUUCUCUCCCCAAACUCUCUCAAGUGCAAACCCAGAUUCUCAAGUUAGGCCUGGAAUCCAACCCUCUUGUCCUCACCAAGUUCGCUUCAGUUUCCUCUGAGCUCGGCGCCAUAAACUACGCUUCAGCCUUCAUUUUCGGCCCAGCCACGGAACCUCGCGUCUUUGACGCUUUCCUUUUCAACACCGUGAUCAGAGGUUUCGCUCAAACCCGUGAUUCUAAGCGCAAUGCGGUGUUUCACUACCAGAAAAUGUGCAAUCUUGGUGUUUUGCCUAAUAAGUUUACCUACCCUUUUGUUCUUAAGGCAUGUGCUGGGAUUGGAGACUUGAGGCUAGGCGAAACGGUGCAUGGAUUAGUGGUGAAGUUGGGGUUCGGUGAUGAUAGGAAUGUUUUGAACACUCUGGUUCACAUGUACUGUUGCUGUAGCGGUGGGGUUGAGUAUGGGAGGAAGGUGUUCGAUGAAAUGCCUAAGUGGGACUCGGUUGGGUGGAGUGUGAUGAUAGGUGGGUAUGCACGGUGGGGUAUGUCCACAGAGGCUGUUGGGUUAUUUAGGAAGAUGCAAAUGGCAGGGGUGAGGCCUGAUGAGAUCACAAUGGUCUCUGUCUUAUCUGCCUGCAGGGAGCUGGGAGCUCUUGAGCUUGGUAAGUGGCUCGAGGGGUAUAUCGAGAGGGAAAAAGUUCAGAAAAGUUUGGAGCUUUGCAACGCUCUCGUUGACAUGUUUGCAAAGUGUGGGGAUGUUGAUAAGGCACUGAGUUUGUUUUCCAGUAUGGAAGAGAGGAAUAUCGUUUCCUGGACUUGUGUUAUCGAUGGUUUAGCAAUGCAUGGCCGGGGCUUGGAGGCAGUUUCGCUGUUUGAGAAAAUGAGAAGAGCUGGAGAAAUGCCUGAUGAAGUUGCCUUCAUUGGUUUGCUCACUGCUUGUAGCCAUUCAGGUUUAGUCGAAGAAGGUAGGAAGUAUUUUACUUCAAUGACAAAGGAAUUCGGAAUUGUACCCAAAAUCGAGCACUAUGGAUGCAUGGUUGAUCUCUUCUGUAGGGGUGGACUUGUUAAAGAAGCACUGAGAUUUGUGCACAGAAUGCCCAUUGAGCCAAACGCUGUCAUUUGGCGAACCCUAGUCACUGCUUGUCGUGCUCAUGGAGAGCUAAAACUCGGAGAAAAGAUAACGAAAGAGUUAAUAAAAGAUGAGCCAAUGCACGACUCAAAUUACGUGCUUCUUUCCAAUAUUUACGCGAAAAUGUUGAACUGGGAGAAGAAAACCAUGGUCCGGGAGGUCAUGGUGAAGAAGGGAAUGCGAAAGACUCCAGGAAGCACUAUGGUCGAGCUCGAUAACGAAAUUUACGAAUUCGUGGCAGGAGAUAAAAGUCAUGGUCAGUACAAAGAGAUAUACGAGAUGAUGGACGAAAUGGCAAAACAGAUCAAAAAGGCUGGAUAUGUAGCCACAACAUCAGAAGUGUUACUUGAUAUUGAUGAAGAAGAUAAGGAGGACACUUUGAAUAGGCAUAGCGAAAAACUGGCAAUCGCUUUUGCACUUAUGAACACACCGCCUCAUACUUGUAUACGCAUUGUGAAGAACUUGCGCGUUUGUGAGGAUUGCCAUUCUGCAACUAAGUUCAUCUCUAAGGUUUAUAAGCGCGAAAUUUUGGUAAGGGACCGGAACCGUUUCCACCAUUUCAAAGAUGGCAUAUGUUCCUGCAAAGACUUCUGGUAAUACAAGUUUGUAAAAUGUAAUGUCCUUUAGAAUAUAUAGUAACUUUAUUUUGCUUUCUGGUGCUUAAACUUGGGUGGUUUGCAUUGUUUACAGAUGAAAGACAAAUUUUUGACACUAAUUUGCAGUCUUCUUUACUUGGUUUAGUGUUCAUGGUA